AUGACCUCCUUGUCGAUACCUUGUACCGUCUUGUUACGAAUCAACAACAACAACAAUAACAAUUUGAAUACUUCCACUCUAUCAAAAUCAUCAUCAUCACCAAUAACAACAACGUCGUGUCCAUCCAUGACAACUUGCACCAUGACGGGCUCCGUACAUCCAAAUUCAGGCCUGGUGUCCAUAACAUCCAUGAUGGAUUCCACAACCAAAGAAAUUUUUUCACACAUCCUUCAUCAAUCAACACAUCGAGUAAAUACCCUGCAUUUCACACCAAAAGAAUGGUCACAACUUCUAUUCAAAGCAAUCCAAUUUGGCGAUGAAAAUGUGGUGAAAGCACUCCUCGAAUGGGGAGAUUAUGAAAAUCACAAAAUUCUGCAACGUGUCCACCUCUCGAAUUCAGGUCUACACUCAAACGUCACACAUCAUUCACCAAAUUAUUUACCUUACAAUUUAGAAAGCGGUGACGAACAAUCGUAUGGAGCGACCGCUCUCCAUAAAGCUUGUUCCCUUAAUCGACCUCAAAUGGUGAGUCUCUUAUUACAGAGAAAUGAUGUGAAUCGAUGUGUGAAGGAUCAUUCACAAUCCACACCCAUGCAUUACGCAGCUUCGAAUGGUUCAUUGGAAUGUGUCAUGCUUCUGCUCAUGAAAGGAGAGAAUUCAAUGUCAGAAGGAAUUGGCAGCCAAAAACAGUCAUGUCAACAAGUUCAAUUAGACUCUAAAGAUGCUUUUGGAAAUACUCCUAUUCAUUUAGCCAUGAAGCAUAAACACUAUCAUGUGGUCUCUGCAUUGCUGAACUAUUGUCCCAAUUUGGUGAAUUCGAGAAGAAGUAAUUCACGGACAUUGUUGCAUAUGGUGGUUGAAAAUUGUGAUGUGACAGGACUGUCACUUAUCACAAAGGAACAUUUAGAAGCUGCAUCCAAAAUUUAUAUCUAUGCCAAAGAUGAAAAUGGUUUAACUCCACUAAUGCUUUUGGUCAAGGAUUUUUCAAGACUAAGCGAAAACUCACAGCUCCGAAAGAAGCAUCUCUUUUCAAUGCUUAUCCAACUAUUGUCACUGUACGACUUGUCAGAACUGUCACUCGUCAACAAACACGUUGAUCAUCACUCUAAGAAUUUAUUUCAUCUUGCCUGUGUCCAUAACUGUGCAGAUGUGGUACGAAUCAUGGCUCUCUUCCUCAAUCGAGAACUCUAUUUAAACAUGCUCAAACAAUGUGACAAGAAUGGACAAACUCCAUUUCACACAGCUUGUAAAUACGGAGCAGAUGAAGUGUUGAAAACGUUCAUGCUGAUGGUUCACAACGAAUCGACGAUAAUUGAUAUAUCCACAAAAUCGAAACAUUAUACCUCUCGGGAAGAUUAUUUAGAAUGUAAAGAUAAGGAUGGUAAUACACCAUUGCAUGUAGCUGCCUUAUCUUUAGCUCAUGUGUCACCUGUCAAUGAUGAUGAUGAUGACUCUCCCUUGCCACGAGCUGUCUCUUUAAGUGCCAGUUGUUCAGAUCUACCUUCUGCUACCACUACUACUACGAAAAGUAAUCGAUCAAGUGCAAGUAGUAACACUCUUUCAUUGCCAAUCACAUUUGGAAUAAUGAACUCUAAGUUUUCACACAACACACGCUCGCCUGUGAGUACAUCACCUCCAUGUGAUGAAGAUGGAUCCUCAUACGUUCGAUGUAUUGAGGCAUUGUUCCCAAUAGUAAGCUUGGACAUUGAAAAUUCAAAAAAACAAAAUGUUUUGGAACUGUUAAACAAGACAAGCUUUUUCGAGAAUUCCAACAUUUUUUCAAUAAAAAACUAA